UUGAAUUCUUUACAAUCGAUCAAUCAAUCAAAUCCUUUACACUCCACUUCACGGAUUAAAUCAAUACACUUUAAGCUUUCUUUGCUUAUUCUUCACGGAUUCAUUCCAUCUCCCUUCUUCUCUCUCUCUCCUCGUGAAUCAGAAACAGAUCUGAGAAUCAGGGGAGGAGCCACCAGCAAUGGAGUCUCUGUUAACAGUUGCGGAACUCGGUCUCUCUCUGCUACUGAUCGUCUUCUGGGGAUUCAUCUCCGUCGUCGUCUUUGAAGCUUGGAGAAGGAGACACAGUAACGUCUCUGUCCAGACCGUGACUACACUCGAGGAUCCGACAACCAGAAAGCAGGUUCCCUGCCCUCAUAUCUCCGACCCUGCUGAGAAGUAUCUGUCAUUAAUAGUUCCAGCGUUUAACGAAGAGCAGAGACUUCCUGCCGCUCUUGAGGAAACAAUGGAUUACCUUCAAGGUCGUGCAUCACGGGAUAAGAGUUUUUCUUACGAGGUGGUGAUUGUUGAUGAUGGAAGUAUUGAUGGCACAAAAAGAGUAGCUUUUGAUUUCGUCAAAAAGUACACAGUUGACAACAUAAGGUUUAUACCCCUUGGGAAGAAUCAAGGCAAAGGAGAAGCUAUAAGAACAGGAAUGAUGCAUUCGCGUGGUGAACUACUUCUCAUGCUGGAUGCUGAUGGAGCAACCAAAGUAACUGACCUAGAAAAACUUGAAAAUCAGAUUCAUGCAGUAGCCAGAGAAGAAAGUUCAAUCAGAGAUCCAGCACGAAAGCAUGCGGAUUUCAGGAUAGGUGAUGUGCAAGUAUCCGCAUUUGGUUCUCGUGCUCAUCUUGAGGAGAAAGCUCUUGCUACAAGGAAAUGGUAUCGCAACUUUUUGAUGAAGGGUUUCCAUCUUGUGGUUCUGUUGGCUGCUGGUUCUGGAAUUCGAGAUACGCAGUGUGGGUUCAAGAUGUUUACUAGAGCUGCUGCUAGAAGACUUUUCACAAACGUCCAUCUGAAAAGGUGGUGCUUUGAUGUUGAAUUGGUGUUCUUGUGCAAGCGUUUUAACAUUCCAAUGCUUGAGAUCUCUGUGAACUGGUCUGAAAUCCCCGGGUCUAAAGUCAGUCUGUUGAGCAUUCCCAACAUGCUCUGGGAGCUUGCUUUGAUGUCUGCGGGAUACAGAACUGGAAUGUGGAAGAUCAUCCAUCAACCAUGAGAAGACAUGUCGAACUAUAUACAUAGAGAGCAGAAUACUGCAGAGAGGAUACUACUUUUGAUGUCUUCUGAUCAAAGCAAGGAAAGGCAAAGGCUAUAGGAAGGAAGUUUGGUUGAAUCUAUCUUUCAUUAGAUGUAAGAAUCAUAACCUUAACAGGAUAUCAUGUGAUGACACUACUACUACAGGCUACAGCUCUAGAUUUUUCAUGUUGGUAAUAACUUAACGUUUCAAUUA